GGGAGGGGAGCUUCAGCAUUCCUGUGUAUGUGUCACGGUGGUGAGGAAGGAGUGGUUGUGUUGGCUUUCCUGGUGUCGGCUACCUUGCUUGCUGCCCCGGUUCCCCAGUAGCCGACAUGCCUCUCUUGGAUCUGUAACUUCCGAGGGCAAGAUUCCCAGCCUGCCCUCGUCUGCUGAAUCCCCCACUCCCCCCCACCAGGGUAAGAAGGAGUGGGAUUAGCCGUCUACCCGAAAGCAGCAAGAAAAGGUGAGGGAGCCGGUGUCAUGGCCUGGCUUGAGACCUGCCGGCAGGGCUGAGUGUGCCACUUUGUGAGAGGAAGGGGGAGUGGAUCGUGUGCUUCAGAGCCUGUGAGAGAGGCAUUGUUCCUGUGCACAGAAGUGGAUGAGGCGUUUCUGCUGCCUUCUGGGCCUGACACAGUGGUUGCCAUUGACACCCUUCACUUCCCACUGUGCCUGCCCUCCACUAACAUCUCUACUCUCACUGCCUGCUGGAGUAUCACUGAGAAGCCCCACCGGAUUCCAGGGAAUCAAAGGGCACCCUCCAGCGCCUGAAAAGGAGCCUGCGGAACCCUGAAUCAAACGCGGUCUGGCUGAAGGAAUCUGAGGGAAGCCCAGCUCCGGUGGAUGCCCUAGAAGAUGGUCCCCUUGCUUUGGACAGUAGCUUUCACUCUGUUGGGAGCUCAGGGCCCACGUGACUGCUGCACCUGGAGGACAGCUCAAAGCCGUAUUGGAAGCCGCUGCCCUGGCAAUACAGCUUGAUCACAGCCUUGGGUGCAAAGCUAGCAGGAAGCCUCCAUUCCAGCGGCAGCUGUUGGGGGUUAAACUUUCUGGCAGCAGAACUGCAAAGCGGGUCUGGACACUGGUGUGGAGGAGACGUCGUCGUUCCGGCUGUCAGCCUUCCCGUCCCUCUCCACAUGAUGGAGGGUCUCAGCUCACCUACGCUGUGUGUGGCAGGAAACUUCCCUGGAUUCCACCACGACGGCAUGAUUCAGCGAGCCCGGACACUGAAGAGCAAGCCCAGUGCCAACUGCAGGCGAAAGCGAGAGUUUAUCUCCGAUGAGAAGAAAGAUGCCAGCUACUGGGAGAAGCGCCGGAAGAACAACGAGGCUGCCAAGCGCUCCCGGGAGAAGCGGCGCUUCAACGACCUGGUGCUGGAGAACAGAGUGUUGGCACUCAAUGAGGAGAACGUGCGGCUCAAGACGGAGCUGCUCCAGCUCAAGCUGCGCUUUGGCCUCAUCAGCACGGCGGCCUUCAUGGAGAAGAGCCAGCAGCUGAGCACAGCUGGCGCAGGCGCCACAGCACACCUGUGUGCAGGUGGCAGCCGGGACGUGUACUCUGGGCCCCUGUCCCGGGCCCCUCAUUCGGAGGACUCCUCUGAAACGGAGCAGUCCAGCCGGGACAGCGGCAGCGUCUUGGCAGCCAAGUAUUCACCCCGGGGCUCCCUCUCGGACAUGUCGGACGGCUCGUCUCGGGAUAGCCCGGUGCCACAAACCCUGGGUGAAGCCCAGGCUGUCAGCCGAGCCUACGGGGAUGCGCCCUUGCAGCCGCAGCCGCAGCAGCCUACGCCCAAGGGCCCUGUCACGCGCGGGGUCAUCCUCUUCAGUGCCAAUGGCUUCACUGCAGUGGCCCCCCUGCAGCCCUUGAUUCCUGAGCAUGAACAGCAGGCUGAAGGCUGCACCCCCCCAUCCCCCAAGAGCCCCUGUCCAGAGCGCAGUUCCCACUGCCAGCAGGAGGGGCUGCAAACGCACCCCGACUGCUGCUCCACGGUCCAGACCUACGGUGUGCCCACCAGUUACUUAGAGGGGGAGCACCUCAGGAAAGCCCAGGGGCCCAGGUCCCCCUUUGAGGGCUACACCAGCGAGGAGAGCAGCGAGGAGGCCAGUUGGGGCUGCUCACCCGCCUCCUUCCCGGUGCCGCUGGAUGCCCACCCAGAUGUCAAGACCGCCGCUCUGCCUCACAAGCUUCGGCUCAAGUGCAGAGCGCACAGCAGCGGUGUGCAAGAGCUCUUCCCUGGUCCCAGCACUCUCCCGGCCGGCUGCUGUCAGGAGGCCCCUGCUGCACCAGACUGGGACAGCGACCGGCAUGAGGAGGUGUCCGCCCUGGUGCGGCAAGCAUUGCUCCUCAACGAGCCGCCCUCCUCUGGCAGCACCAUGGAGAGGCUUUUGUGUCGCAGCUCCGGACUCCACUCGGACCACGUGGUCCCCAAGGACCCUGCCAGCCGGUGGGAGGAUGGCUGCCAUGACGAUGGCCCCAGGCCCACUUGAAGGGGACGCAGGUGUGUGCAAAGAUCCGGAUUGUUUGUUUCUGUUUUUCAAAAACUGACCUGGGGUUUUGGAUAGGAAGGAAAUUCCACAUGACCGGAUGAUCUGUGGAUCUGGGGAGAGGAGAGGAGAGGAAAGGGCCUGGACAGACCCCAGGGCUGCUGGCUUUGGAAUCAAGAGAAGUCGUGAUCGUGAGACACAAAGGCAUCCCACAAGAGCUGGCCCUGAGAAGGGUCCCGUGCAAGGACCAGCUCUGGAACUACAGAGAUCAGGAGGGUGGUGGGACCCCUGCUGUGUUAGUCCCUGGGAUUCCGUCUGUAGAGGUGAUCUGUCUCACUAGGCUUGGCUGGCUGGCUGCUCAAGGGGCUGCCAAAGGUGCUGUUCCUUGAAGCAGGUUUUGGGAUCAUGUUCAACAGAGAACACUGAAAAGUUGGCAUCCAAACCACCCUUCCCUGGUGCUGAGGCUCCUGAGUAUUACUACUGGGGCAGUUGGAAGAUUGCCAGUGACUGCAUUGUUUUCCCUGUCAGGAGCUUCUUGGUUGAAUAGAGAUAUUUGUGUUUUUAAAUACUAAAAUAAAUGUACAGAAAAUCUCAAGAA